AUGGAUGCCCCUGCCCCUCCUCAAGGCGCCACCACCACCACCAACCCAGAUGGGACCACGGUCCCAAUGAAUCCCCAGGCCCCCCCUGUCGCCCCCAUGUAUGGGGCUGGUCCUAUGGACCAAUUUUCCAUCGCAAUUAAUGCGAUGGAGGUGGCCCUGGCCAACAUCAAGGCCCGUCGCCCCCCUCCCACUUGCUGGAAGUGCGGCAAGCCUGGGCAUAUUGCCCGGGCUUGCCCGGACAAGGAGAAGAAGGACAAGGAGAAGGAGGAGAAGGAGAAGAAGAUGCUGGAGAAGGAGAGGGAGAGGAGGAAGAAGAAGAACCUGAAGAGGAAGGAGAAGAGGAAGGCCAAGGCCGAGAAGGAGAAGAACCAGGAUGAGGAGGGGGGCCAGGAAUAG